AUGAGUUGCCGGGAAAAGUCGUCCCAUUUUGCUCCCGCGCUUUCUGAGGGAAGGACGUGCCGGACUUUGAGCUCAAAUAUUGAUUGUUUUGACCAGACAAGCGAAAAAUCUAUUUUGACACCAUGGGAGAACCAAUGCAGAUGUCCAAUGGCCACACAGCAGGUGACUGGUGGGACCUCACCAAACCUGUGGGGGAAGUGGACCCAGAAAUCACAGCUAUUAUCAAGAAGGAAAAGGACCGUCAGAGGAGAGAACUGGAAAUGAUUGCAUCAGAGAACUUUGCCAGUGCUGCCUGUCUACAGGCCAUGGGUUCUUGUCUCAACAACAAGUACUCCGAGGGCUACCCUGGACAGAGGUACUAUGGAGGUACCAAGUUUGUGGAUGAGAUUGAAGUCCUGUGCCAAAAGAGAGCCCUGUCAGUCUACGGCCUGGACCCAGAGAAGUGGGGAGUUAAUGUGCAACCGUAUUCUGGGUCACCUGCCAACUUUGCUGUCUUCACAGCUGUUGUGGAGCCCCAUGGGAGGAUUAUGGGCCUGGAUCUCCCAGACGGAGGACAUCUGACUCACGGCUUCAUGACAGACAAGAAGAAGAUCUCGGCCACCUCCGUGUUCUUUGAGUCCAUGCCCUACAAGGUGGACCCCAAGACAGGCCUGAUUGAUUAUGAGAGGCUGCGGGAGAAUGCACGCAUCUUCCACCCCAAGAUGAUCAUUGCUGGCAUCAGUUGUUACUCCAGGAAUCUGGACUACGCCAAGUUCCGUGAGAUUGCGGACGAGAACAACGCCUACCUGCUGGCUGACAUGGCGCACAUCUCGGGGCUGGUGGCUGCCGGGGAGGUGCCCUCGCCCUUCGAGCACUGCGACAUUGUGACGACCACAACGCACAAGACCCUGCGCGGCGUCAGGGCUGGCAUGAUCUUCUUCAGGAAAGGUGUGAGAAGUGUUGGGAAGGAUGGGAAGCCGGUUAUGUAUAACCUGGAGUCACCCAUCAACCAGGCUGUGUUCCCUGGACUUCAGGGAGGUCCACAUAACCAUGCUAUAGCAGGUGUUGCUGUGGCCCUGAAGCAGGCUGCCAUGCCAGAGUUUAAGACCUACAUACAACAAGUCAUCAAGAACUGCCAGGCUAUGUGUAAACUGAUGAUGGACAAGGGAUACCAUGUGGUCACAGGUGGCUCAGAUAAUCACCUGCUGUUGGUAGACCUGAGGUCAAAGGGCAUCAAUGGUUCCAAGACAGAGAAGAUUUUGGAGGAGGUCUCCAUCGCCUGCAAUAAGAACACCUGCCCAGGUGACAAGAGUGCCCUGAACCCCAGUGGUCUUCGUUUUGGAACCCCGGCACUGACGUCUCGGGGCUUUGUGGAGAAGGACUUCGAGAAAGUCACAGACUUUAUUGACAGAGCAAUUACCCUGGCUAUUGAGAUCCAGACUGUGUCCGGAAAGAUGCUGAAGGACUUCAAGGCUAAGAUGGUUGAGGAGCCCUUCUCCUCCAAGAUUGCCGCCCUCCGUGCCGAAGUGGAGGCCUUUGCCAUCGCUUACCCCAUCCCUGGACUCGAGGACAUGUAAAACCAAGGCUGCAGCCACAGAGGCAUGGAUACUUUUGAACUUUUCUUUAUUUCUCGAGUUCGGCUCACGUUUGGUUGAGAAUUUAGAAAGGAAGGAAAACUGAAGAACUUUUGGUUGGUUUAUGUCAAGCCUGUUUGUUGACAGUUUUGAGAGAUGGUUAGGCAAAUGAACUGUUUUCUCAAGUAGUAUGUUUUUGUAUGGAGAUAUGAUAAGAAAUGUGGUUAUUUCAACUUCCUGGGUCCACUUUCUAUUUGUUACACAUUCUUAAGAACAAACCUAAUCCAUGAGUUAUUGAUUCAACUCAAUAAUGCAGCCAGCAAACAUUCAGUGAAACCUAUGAACUUAAAAAACAUUACAUACAAACACCACCUUUUGAGAUAUAACAAUAUAUGGACAAUCAUGACUGAUGCUCUUUGCAUUCUAACAAGCAUGAUUGAUUACUAGCUAGGAAUGUUGCUAGAUGUUUUCAAACUGCCACCACUGCAAUACUUGUGUUCAGCAAACUACAGGCUUUAAAUCAAAUUUGCACGUUGUCAGUUUGAUCAUGAAUUACAUAAGGACCAUCAAUGCAAUGAGCUAAAAUGGCUCAAUAACACUAUAUACUAACUAGUAUUGCAGGUCGAUGUAUUAAGUUGGUUGUCAAAGAAUUGCUACAGUAAUUCAGUAAUAAUACUAUUUAGACUGUAUCAAUCUUGGAUGCAAUGUUGGCCAAAGCAACUCUGACCAAAUAACAAUAAUAGAAGUAUUGUUAAGUUUGAUCAGCACAAAUGUCUUUGGUUAUAACUGGUUAUGUAAUCUUAGUUUGUCAUAGUUUUUUUCUUUUUCAAUCAUGGUAAAGCACAUGUACCUUCUGUACAUGUAUAUGUGAAUGUUUGGCAGAUUACUAGGCUCUCACAAAAUGCAGAAUCUGUUCUAUGUACAGUGUACUUAAACAUGUAACAUGCCAUAGCACAAAACAUAUCAAAAAGUUCAUGAAUCCAAGUUUUGGAACAUACCUAAAAUGGGUGACAAGUAACUCCAGAUCUAUAAAACGAUAAAUAUUACUAUCUUGUAGACUGCCUUUAUAUCUAUGUGCUUGAAAAUAUUUGCAUACGUUAGUAGCUUACUAGUAUACUGAGAGCAGUACAUGUUCAUAUAUUUGUACAUGUACAUUAAUUUGGAUGAAACCUCUAUGGUACUUAACAAUAACAAUUAUAUGACCUCCAAAACACUACUUUACAGAGACAUUAGUUUCUAGAGAGAAGUCAUAUUAUUUUACAUUUUUAGGUAUCAAAAUCCCAGUGAAUAAAAAGAUUUACAAUUA